CUUUUCUUAAACAAAAAGCCACUGCGUGCGAGCUUAAAAUCGAGGCAACACGACACAAAAACAGAGCAGAGAACAGAGGUAUAGAGAGAGAGAGAGAGAUGGAUCCGAAGCUAACGGAGGUAUCGCAGCUAUUCGAGAGAUUCAAAGCAGCUUCUGUUCGAGAGGAUGUUGAUACUGCUAGCAUUCUGCUUUCUAACCUCAAGGUCAUGUUGACUGGGUUUGGAAGCUUGCCACCUUUGUUUGAAGAUACACCUAAUGCUAUUCAUGAAUUGACAUUCGCAAGGGACAUAUAUGAGCAUGCUGUUCUUCUAAGUGUGAAGAUAGAGGAUCAGGAUGCCUUUGAAAGGGAUUUCUUUCAGUUGAAGCCAUACUAUACAGAUGCCAGUAGCCGUCUUCCUCCAUCUCCCCAAGAGUACAUGAUUUUAGGUCUCAACCUCUUGAGACUCCUAGUGCAGAACAGAAUUGCUGAAUUCCAUACAGAACUCGAACUGCUUUCACCUACUGCUUUGGAAAAUCCUUGUAUCAAGCAUGCUGUGGAGUUGGAGCAAUCCUUCAUGGAGGGGGCUUACAACCGUGUGUUAAGUGCAAAGCAAACUGUGCCGUAUAAGACCUAUGAUUAUUUCAUGGAUCUUUUGGCAAAGACAGUAAGGGAUGAAAUAUCUGGAUGCAGUGAAAAGGCAUACGACUAUCUUUCAUUAGAUGAUGCCCGCCAAAUGUUACUCUUCUCUUCUGAUGGUGAACUUUUGCAAUACAUCAAAGAGGAGCAUCCUGAGUGGGAGAUUAAGGAUGGUCUAGUAAUUUUCCAGAAGGCAAAAGAAACUGCUCCAUGUAAAGAAAUACCAUCUCUACAACUCAUCAACCAGACUCUGAGUUAUGCAAGAGAGUUGGAGCGAAUUGUGUAGAGGGUUGCCUGCAAUUGUCUGCAGUUGCAAAACUUCUCUAGUUAAAAUUGUUCCUCUAUGAUAAAGUUAGACUUGUUAACUUUUUUGUAACUUAAUUUGUUUACUUUGGCAACACAAAUUUGAUCAUUUAGGAGCUUUCCUUCCCCCUCCCCUCCUCUUGCUUGGUUAAUACUUGAUACUCUAAUAUCUAUACGUUUAAAAUCAGAACAAAACAUGGAUUGCAUUCUUUCCUGCUGGGAGAAAGUCGAAUUUACCAAUAUGAUGACUUGUUGAUUGGA